GGUCCUCCUCCUGUUCCUCCUUCAGUUCCUCCUCCCACUCCUUCUCCUCCUAUGCCUCCUCCUGCUCCUCCUCCUGCUCCUUCUGCACCUGCUCCUCCUGCUCUUCCUCCUCCUGCUCUUCCUCCUCCUCUUCCUGCUCCUUCUCCAGCUUCUCCUCCAGCUCCUUCUCCUGCUCCUCCUCCUGGUCCUCCUCCUCCUGUUCCUCCUCCUGCUCCUCCUGCUGCUGCACCUUCUGCUCCUGCUCCUCCUCCUGCUCCUCCUCCUGCUCCUUUACCUCCUGGUCCACCUCCUCCUGGUCCUCCUCUUCCAGUUCCGCCUCCUGGUCCUCCUCCUGGUCCUCCUCCGCCAGUUCCUCCUCCUGCUCCUCUUCUUGCUGCUCCUCCUUCUCCUGCUCCUCCUCCUGCUCCUCUUCCUCCUGCUCCUCUUCCUUUUCCUCCUCCUGCUCCUCCUCCUGUUCCUCCUUCUGCUCCUCCUCCUGGUCCUCCUCCUCCUGGUCCUCCUCCUCCUGUUCCUCCUCCUGCUCCUCUUUUUGCUGCUCCUCCUUCUCUUGCUCCUCCUCCUGCUCCUCUUCCUUUUCCUCCUCCUGCUCCUCCUCCUCCUCCUCCUGCGCCUCCUCCUCCUGGUCCUCGUCCUUCUGCACUUCCUCCUCCUGGUCCUCCUCCUCCAGCUCCUUCUCCUGCUCCUUCUCCUGCUCCUCCUCCUGCUCCUCCUCCUGGUCCUCCUCCUCCUGGUCCUCCUCCUGCUCCUCCUGCUGCUGCCCCUUCUGCUCCUGCUCCUCCCCCUGCUCCUCCUCCUGCUCCUUUACCUCCUGUUCCUCCUCCUCCAACUCCUCCUCCUCCUGCUCCUCCUCCUGUUCCUCCUUCUGCUCCUCCUCCUGGUCCUCCUCCUAGUCCU